AUGAAUCAUCCCAAAACAACUACAGAUCAUCUCGAGUCAGUGGAGCAGGAUCAAAAGUUAGACGAAACACAAUGGCCAGCACAGUUCGACCCAAUUCUCCUACGUCGGGUAAUCAGGAAGGUCGAUUGGAUGGUUAUUCCAUUCAUCUGCAUCACAUAUCUUAUUACCUACAUCGAUAAAGCAAUGAUGGGCUACGCCGCUGUUUUUGGGCUGAAGGAAGAUUUACAUCUAGAAGGGACUGAGUAUAGUUGGUUGGGGAGCAUGUUCUACUUUGGGUAUCUCGCCUUCGAAUACCCUUCUGUUUCUGCCAUGCAGAAACUCUCCGUGUCCAAAUGGCUGUCUGUCAAUAUCUUCAUCUGGGGCGGAGUGACCAUGGCUCUGGCGGCAUGCACGCAUUUUCAACCCUUUCUCGGUCUGCGAUUUGUCCUGGGUGCUCUCGAGUCAUGCUCCACACCAGCCUAUCUUGUCAUCACAGCAACAUGGUAUACUAUUGAGGAACAGCCGAUUAGAAUAGGAUGGUGGUCCACCUUUCUUGGUAUUGCAAAUGCGUUUGGAGGGCUGUUGGCAUUUGCUAUCGGCCAUAUUCAAGGCAAUCUGGCGUCGUGGCAGUACCAAUUCAUUAUCAUUGGUGCUAUAUCUUCUGUGUGGGGAAUAUUUAUGUUCUUUACUCUUGCGGAUGGGCCGUCUACUGCUCGCUGGCUUAACGCACAAGAAAAAUACGUCGCCGUCCACCGUCUCGGCCCCAAGCAUUCCGGCACCAGGGUGUCCGAAAUCAAAAUGUACCAGAUGUGGGAAGCCCUGGCGGAUCCCAAAACGUGGUUCUUCUUCCUCUGUGGCGUCUGCACGCAAGUCGUCAACGGGGCGGCGAGUAACUUUGGGAGUCUCAUCAUCGAGGGGUUCGGAUAUUCGAAUAUUGUCACGACCCUGUUCCAGAUUCCGUACGGUAUGGUAAUAUUGGUGUCCAACGUGUCUGCCAUGUAUAUCCAGCGAUGGCUUCCAGGGCAGAAGAGGUGUAUCGUCGGUGCUAUAUAUGUAUGUCCCGCUCUGGCGGGGGCAGUUGGGAUCCAUACUAUAUCGAGAGACCACAAAAUAGCUCUACUUGUUUGCUACUGGCUUACAAGUACUUAUACCGCAUCAUUCGCAAUGAUCAUGUCUCUCAUCACAGCAAACACAGGAGGGACCACCAAGCGAUCGGUUGUGAAUGCCAUUUUUUUCAUCUCGUACUGUGUUGGAAAUAUUGUUGGGCCAUUUGCCUUCAAGUCCGAUGAAGCACCCCAAUAUACAUCCGGGAUCAUUGCCAUGCUGGUCGCAUAUUGUGUUGAGAUUUUUCUCUUGCUUGGGUUCGCAGUCUAUGCGGCAUAUUUGAAUCGCACGAAGGAUGGGAUUACAACCACAAGUGGCCAGACGGAUUCUGACGUCGACCAGACAGAUAGAGAGAAUGUCCACUUUAGAUAUUCGUACUGA